CAAAAACACACUUCUUUAGUCUAGCAUAUAGGGACUCUAGUUCUAGCUGUAGAUAACUUCUCACCCCCAAUGAAGACUAGAGUGUGUCAGGGGGGCAGAAAUUCCAGAUACACCCCUGACUCUUAAUUAAUCACAAUCCUUUGAUUUCUGUAAAUGACUAAUAUUUUACACAUUUCUGCUUGCAUCAUUGAAUGGGAUGUAUCUAAUACCACAGGCAGUUCUAUUGUACACUGAGCAGAUAAAGGGAAGUGUUCAGGCUGACUGGAUUUAAAUUGGACCAAACAACCUAUGAAUUUCAAUAACAGGAACCAGGACGUGAGAAAUAAAAACAAGCAGAAGAUAAAUGAUUGAAUAAGCCAUCAAGUGAAACUUCCCUUUUCAGACUUUUUAGGCAUUUUUUUUACAGCAACCUCCAGUCCAGCCAGUGUCUGACCAGAUCUGCUCAUGUGAGAGUCAGUCAGCGAUACCUAACAUGUCUGAAGAGCUCUGCUAUUCCAAUGUGGUUUUCACCACAUCUGAAAAUUCCUUGGCUACAGUCAAAAAGAAUGAAGAAAUCCUAUAUGCCGAAGUUAAGAAAGCAGAACCAGCUCCAGAGACGUCACACCCUGUACCAGAUGAUUCCAGAAAAACUGGUCAGGAAACUUCGCCCCCUGCACAGGCUCCAGAGAAACCUGAGCACAGACAUCAGCCCCACAAGUGGGCUAUAGUGUUUCUAAGCCUCACCUGUGCUUUAUUACUGGCUGGCAUCAUUGCUCUCUCUGUCUGCUAUGAUCUUUCCAAGAGUGAUGCAGGGCAGCUCAAAAAGGACAACAGCGCCCUUAUGAAAACCAGUAAUGCCCUUAUGGAAACCAAUAGUGGCCUUAUGGAAACCAAUAAGCAGCUACAAGUGCUUAAAAGCAAUCUCACUGUUCAGAAUGAAUUCUUGGAGAGUGAGAACAAACAACUGGUAAAGAGCCAGACUUUGCUGGAUGAGAUUUUACAGUUCCGUAAUUUUCCUGUGAAAAACUAUUGCCCAAAUGAGACAACAUGCUCACGCUGCCCAACUGGAUGGAUAUUCAACAAUUCAAAGUGUUACUUCCUGUAUCUUGAUCAACCAUGGAAAACGUGGCAAGACAGUCGUACUGAAUGCUUCAAAAUGGGGGCUGAUCUGCUGACAAUACAAGACAAGGAAGAACAGACGUUCAUCAUGAAACUUGCACCUACAUACUUUGACGAAUGGCACGGUUACUGGAUUGGAUUGACUAGACAAGCAAACAACUGGGUCUGGGUCAACGACUCUGCAAUGACCACAGGGUUCUGGGCAAACGAAGGAAGCGACAACUACGUUUUAAUAAAUCCAGGCAAAACAAUCCUGAACAGCUGGCAAACAAAUAAACCUGUCAUGCUUAACCGGUGGAUCUGUGAGAACAAGGCCCUGCUAUUCUGAAGUCCGUUAGCAGUCCUGGCUCUCUGCUGGUCUGCUGGAUGGAGGCCUGCUGAGACGACCUACCUGCUCAACAGUUCAACCUUUCUGCCUUCAGACAAAUUUCUUUUGUAGAUGUGAAAAAGCAGUCAAAAGUCACAAAAAUCUAAUAAAAGCUUGGAAAGGA